UUCGCAUUAGAAAAUUGCACGGGAAGGAGUCACAUGGACAACGUGCAAUCGGUAAAAAGGAAUUGGCAAGAAUUGAGUUGCAAAGCAUUUGACGUAGAACAAGAAGUCAAUGGGGAAGAAAUGUCAGGUAAAAAGAAAAGGAAAAGUGAAGUUGACAAUUGGUUGAAGGACGUUAAAAAGUCAAGUCCUGAAAUUGAUGCAUUGGAAACAAGAGGAUCAUCUUGGAGGCUUCCACUAAAGGAGGAUCCUGUUGGAAAGCUGCAAUUUCAGGUGAAAGACCUUGUUGAUCAGAGCCGUCAUUUCGAUGGGCUUGUGCUCGAUAAUUAUGACAACAUCGGGGAGCCAUGCCUGCCAACCAAAUUGUUUGGAGUAAAGUUCGAUGAAGCUUUGAAGAGAAUUUGGCCAUGCUUGGUGACCGAUGAUAUAUCAAGCAUUGGGAUUUAUGGUAUGGGUGGAGUUGGUAAGACCACACUGGCGAGGCACAUUGAGUACCAUCUUUUAAAAAAGAACAAUUAUCGGGUGCUUUGGGUUACUGUAUCUCAAGACUUCAGUGUCACCAGCUUGCAGGAUAAGAUUGCCAAUGUCUUGGACAUUAAUCUAUCCAGUAGGGACGAGGAAGACGCCAGGGCAAGAAUAUUGCGUGACGCAUUCAGGAAAAUGCUGAAAUUAAUAGUACUCAUAUUGGAUGAUGUUUGGGAAGAAUUUUGUUUAGACAGGGUAGGGAUUCCUCUUCAUCCAAACAAGUGCAGAUUGAUUUUGACUACACGGUCACUGGAAGUGUGCAACAGGAUACAAUGUCAAAGAAAGUUUGAUUUGCAAACUCUAGACACAGGCGAAGCUUGGGAUUUGUUCAAGUAUAAACUUGGCAGAGAGCCCUUGCUUCAAGGAGAUUUGGAAAGUAUUGCCAAGUCCAUUGUGGAAGAGUGUGAUGGUUUGCCUCUUGGCAUUAUCACAGUGGCUGGAAGCAUGAGAGGUGUGAGAGACAUUUGUGAGUGGAGAAAUGCACUGGAACAAUUGAAAACAUGUUCAAUAGGGUAUCAUGAGAUGGAACGAGAUGUGUUUCGCAUCCUGGAAUGGAGUUUCAAUCGCCUGGAGAAAUAUGGAAGGCAUUGCUUCUUGUAUUGCUGUCUUUAUCCGGAAGAUUGGAAAAUAAUAAUAAAGGGACUAAUAGACCGAUUUAUUUGGGCAGAGCUGAUGUCAAAACGGGACUCAAGACCAAAAGCAUUUGAUCAAGGGCAAACGAUACUAAACAAACUGAUAAAAGUUUGCUUGCUGGAAGAAACAAAAGAUAUCAUGGGGUAUGACUGUGUGAAGAUGCAUGAUUUGGUCAGGGACAUGGCAUUAAGGAUCACACAUGGAAACUCCAAAUCAAAGAGGAGACAUGCACCACGAUUCUUGGUGAAAAGCAUAGGAAAGGGAAAUUCUAAAGUAACACUGGAACCAAAAAAAUGGACAAAAGAUCUCCAUGCCGUCUCCAUUCAUUCAGUUUCAUAUGACAGUGCAGAAAUAGAUGUUCCACCAGCCUGGUCACCAAAUUGUCCUAAGCUCUCAACCUUGCUUCUUUCUCGGGUUUCCAUAAAAGAAAUCCCAGAUUCAUUCUUUCGGCACAUGUGUGGACUUAAAGUUUUGAAGCUAUCUGAGUGCCAAGGUAUAACAGAGCUGCCUAAUUCUGUUUCAGACUUGGUGAAUCUCACUGCUUUGAUUUUGAAGGAUUGUAGAUGCCUCCGAUCUGUGCCACCACUGGGAAAGCUCAAACAAUUGAGGCAUUUGGACCUAUCCUUGACUCAUAUUCAGGAUUUACCUCAAGGUUGGGAGUCACUGGUCAACCUCGAAAGGCUUAACUUGAACGAGUGUCGGAAUUUAAGUUUAAAGAUAAUACCAAAAGGGACAUUUUCCCAAUUUCACCGUCUUCAACUGCUAUUAUUGCCAUGCAGUGGUAGGGUACAAGUUAAUGAUUCGGAAGUGCUGAACCAAUUAGAAAGUUUUAAAGGAUGUUUGUCUUUUACGGACUUCUAUAAAAUUAUUCGGUGGCCAAAAUAUUAUAAUAUUUAUAUCAAUGACAUCUUAACCGAGAAUCCGUUUCCUGAACUUGAUGAGGACCGGCAACAUUUGUAUUUCCAUCGGUGUAAGCUUGGCAGAGGAUUGAACUAUCUGCCAGAUGAUAUGAAACGUCUGAUAAUCCUGGAUUGUGAGGGCAUGGGCAUUAGGCGCUUGUCAGAUGUUUUUAAGAAUUUUAUAAAUUUAAGCCACUUAUCUGAAUUGGUUAUUGUGGAUUCGGUUGGAAUAGAGUUCCUCUGGCAACUGUCCUCUGCUUCUCCAUGUGAUCAGUUGGAAGUCUCAUCUUUUAGCCCGCUUUGUCAUCUCGAAUUGCUACGCCUCUCCAUGUUGCCAAAUCUGGUUGGUCUUUUUUAUGGAGAAUCAGAACCAUAUUUGCUUCCAACUGGCACCUUUUCUUCCCUCAAAGAAUUGGAGAUCAUUAUAUGUCACAACAUGAAGCAGCUAUUCACAGUGCAGUUGCUGCAGAACCUUCAAAAUCUUGAAACAUUAACAGUUAAAGAUAGUGAAGGACUGGAGGAGAUAGCAGCAGAUGGCAAUCGAGUAGGACAAGGAGGAGGAGAAGGCAUCCAAUUGAAUUCAAGUGGAGCCACAGCCAAUGUCAUCAUCCUUCGGAAAUUACGGAGGUUGACUUUGAAUAGGCUGCCGCAACUGAAGAACAUUUGCAAGGCAGCCAUGAUCUGUGAUUCAAUUGAGGAGAUUACAAUAUUUAAUUGUCCAAACCUAAAGAGGCUGUCUUUGUUUCUUCCUACCAUCAACGGACAACCAUCUCUUCCUAGCACUCUUCGUAAAAUCAGGGGAUAUAGAGCAUGGUGGGAAUCGUUAGAGUGGGACAAUCCUUGUGCCAAAAAAGCCCUCGGCCCAAUUUUUACCACACAGUGGUGGGAUAAGUGA